AUGUCAACUCGGGGCGGAGGAUGGACGGCCAUUCAAAAACGAAUAGACGGGUCUGUGUCCUUUGAAAAGAAUUGGGCUGACUAUAAGAAUGGUUUCGGUGUACCUGAACGGAAUGUUUGGAUAGGAAAUGACGCCAUCCAUCAGCUAACAAAGGGAAAGAACUCCUCCCUCUACAUCUCCAUCACACUUGUGAAUGGUACAACACUGUACCAGUUGUACAAUCAAUUCUCCAUAUCUGAUGAGGCAGACAAGUAUCAACUAUUUCUGGCCGAACCUGCUACGGGAACUUUAGGUAAGGGAAAAGUGGAACGUGUACAAUAA